CCAGAUCCAGUAGUAUACUCAGUAGUACUAGUGUUUAGUAGUCUAGCUAAAUUUACUAAGUGAAAAUGAAGCUUGUUUUGUUAGUGGUCUUAUUAGUGCUGGGAAUUGUGAAUGCUGCAUCAACUGACGAUGAGGACGUUGCUGGUCCAAAAUCUACGGAAGCGGCUGAAGAGCGAAUUUUCGACUUGAGCAGAAAAUCUAGACAGUUAUUAGGCUCAGCACUGGGAUACUCACCGUAUGGUUUUAACCAAGGCUAUGGAAUGGGUAAUCCAUAUUCUGGUUACUCGGGUUACUCCGGAUAUCCAGGAAUUGGUGGAUAUCCGUACGGUGGAAACGGAAACGGCCUAUCCGGUUAUGGACUGUACGGAAAUGGGCUCUACUCUGGCGGACUAGCAAAUCCUGGUUUUGGCUCGCUUGGCCUGAGUCCGUUUAACGGUGGCUACAAUUCUCUUCCUUACAAUGGUGCGCAACCGCUCUAUAAUGAUCCUUACAGUGCGAUUCCACCGAGGGGAUUUUUUCCCGGAGCGCCCUACAAUAGACGACCCUUCUGACGAUGACGAGCUCUUCAAAUGAUUAACCAAAGGAAACCUGAAAUUCAAACAGUUAUGCGAUGGAUUUUGUAUGAAAUAAAGGAAAUGCGAAUCAACUCGUUUGUUGGUUCAUUACUAACCAAAUCAAACUUACCUAUGAUGUUGAAGGAGUCGGUGAAAACACCAUUCAGUCACAAUAGGAAAGAUAAUCUCAACAAAGAUCAGAUCCAAAUGUCUUUAUUACUGGCAAUUAUUCAGUUUCCCACGAGCCCGCGAUAGGAUAUUACGACCUGCAGUGAAUCUUAUAUCUUUGCAACCGACGUGUCCAUAGCAAAAUAAA